AUGUCAGAACAAGAUGCCACUGAGCAACUCAAGGGGGAGUUUGCAAUGGUAGAGCUUGCUGAACAUGUGGAAGCCCGGGACGUGGAAUUCCAAAAGCGCAAUGAACGUCUCGUUCGAAAGCUAGAUCUUUACAUUGCACCAGUCAUGAUGCUUCUCAUGCUAAUCAGCUAUUUGGAUCGUGGCAACAUCGGCUUCGCUGCAACCCAAGGUAUGACAGAUGAUAUUGGACUAACCGGAACGCAACUGAAUACCGCAAUUUCGAUUUUCUACAUCUUCUAUGUUCUAGCAGAGUUUCCGACUUCGCUCUUGGUGAAGCGCCUUCAGUUCAAUCGCGUGAUUCCAACGAUAGCAUUUGCAUGGGGUCUUGUAUGCAUGUGUAAUGGGUUCGUCAAAAGUUUUUCAGGGUUGGGUGUCUGCCGCUUGAUUCUGGGCCUCUUGGAAGGCUGCCUCUUUCCUUCAAUGACUCUUUUAUUGGCCAACUGGUACUUAAGAGAGGAACUGGGCACAAGAAUAUGCUACCUAUUUAUUGCCUCUGCUCUUGCUGGUGCGUUUGGAGGCUUGAUCGCGUUUGGCAUCCUGUACAUGGAAGGUAUCGCCGGCUAUCCUGGAUGGCGCUGGCUUUACAUCCUCGAAGGAAUCAUUACAAUGGUGUUUGCCAUCUGUUGUGUAUUUCUUGUUCCAAAGAACUAUGAAACUGCAUAUUUUCUGAGUCUCGACGAAAAGCAACUCAUGAGAUAUCGCGAUGAGCAGUCCCGAGCUUAUAGUGGUGGACAAGGCCAUUACAAACUGGCAGAUGUAAAGCUUGCAGCCAAAGACAUGAAGACUUGGAUCCAUGGGGUGACUCAAAUCUGUGUGGUUACUAUCUUAUACGUAGGAUUCGGUACUUUUCUGCCGAUAAUAUUAAAGAAUGGCUUCAGUUAUACAACAAAACAGGCACAGUAUUUGACAAUUCCAGUGAACCUCUGGGGUGCGAUUGUAUAUGGAAUCGGUGCAAUUUUGUCCGAUCAACACAAUGCGCGUUAUCUCGCCAUUUCUACCACUAUUCCAUUCGGUAUUGCUGGAUAUGCUAUACUGCUGGUAUUCAACGUUCCCGUGGGGGUCCUCUACUUCGCUAUGUUCCUAGUUGCGACGCCUUGUUUCUUGGCCACUGGAAGCAACAUCGCCUGGCUCUCUAGUAACUGUGCACCAGACGGGAAAAGAGCAGCCAGUCUGGGAAUACUGCUCACGUUAACAAACCUUGGUGGUAUCAUUGCGGGUCAGAUUUAUCAAAGCACAUCUGAACCAAGAUACGUCCUCGGUCAUUCGUGGAGCUUGGGAUCCCUGGCUAUUGCUUUCAUCGGAUGCAGCAUUAUGAGAAUAAUCUAUCAGAGGAGAGAGAAGUCGAAAGGAGAAUCAAGGGCUAAAUUGGGACGUGGUGAGGAGUCUGGCGUUCCAAAACUGUGGCAUCCAACUGAUCGUGGGCUGGAUUUUAAGUACUUGCUUUAA